GUUCUUUGUUGUGCAACCUCAGCAGUUUUUUUUAUAUAUAUUUUUUUACUUAAUUGUUACAAAAAGUAUAUUUUUUAAUUACUCUUUUAUUAUUUUCUUAGAAAGAGAAAAGAAAAGAAAACAAACUAAUAUUUUGAACGAAACAGUUACUUUAGUAAUUUUUCUCUCCUGUUUUACUCAAGGUACCGUAAAUAAAAAGACAUCUUUUUGUAUAUGUAUGUGUUGUGUUUUACUUUGUUGUUGAACUCCCUUUUCUCUCUUUUUUUUUCUUUUUAUAUAUAUAUUUUUUAAUUAGUAGGUUUUAUUUCUUUUUCUUUCGCCUGUGUCCUUUUCUUUCUUUUUCUCUCUUUUCUUGUUCAUAGUUUACGAUCACCAUGGCAACAUCAGAAAACCAUUUAAGUUUAAUCCCUCUCCCGGAAAAGGAAAUUGAGGAUUUACUCUGCUUACACCACACAAUUUCAUCUGUGGAUUUACACUCACUAUUUCAUACAAUCACUGCACAAAUAGGGUAUUGGCUAGAACAAGUCCAUUUAUCUGUAUUUACACUAGAACAACAUGUACAACAAGAAGAAGACUAUGAUAUGAAUCAGCUGAACAGCAUUAACCAAGCCAUGAUACGAAUGGAUCCCAUCAUUACACUCUUGUCCGGUGAUGUUGCCGAAAUCAUGUACGAAAGAGAACAACAGAUGAAGAUCACUAAAAUACAGUCAGAAUGGUCAAGUCUAUACCAUUUUGUGACUUCAGUCAAAAGCCAAGUGAUGGCACACCAAAAUCUAAAGCAAUUAUCAGAAUCCAUAGAACAAUUACUGUUGGACAUAGACGAUGUCUCUUUGAUGAUGUUUGAGUUCCAGGAAAAGAAACACAAGUCAGUGGUAGCAGAAGACUUGUUUAGUCCGGGACAACCUUGGGCUCAAAGCAACAACAAAGAUGACCAGGCAAUGCAAGAGAUUGAUACUGCUUUUGAUCCUUUAUUAAAUCGUAUGGAACAAAUCUAUACCCGAGUCUCGUCAACACAACAACAACUGGAUCCCACUCUAUUACGUCGAUUUGAGAAAGCCAAAGAAAAAUGGGAGAAUUUACAGGGAGAAAGAGAUGAUCUUAGGCAGGAACAUAAAGAAGAUCGAUGGUUGACUGUCUUUAGACGAGUAGCAGAUCAAGUCGAUGUCAUGAUUGAUGGAUUAGACCGAAGCGUAGUUCAAUGCUAUUCACUUAUUCAUCAGACAAGAGACUGGCAACAACAAGCCUUGGAAUUCAAAUCUUCUAAACAACAAUUGCUUAAAUCCUUCAACUACCAUCAUACCAAUGUGCAACCCUUGCCUGUCGAUAAAGAAAAGUUUCGAUCCGCAGAGAAAAGCUUUGAAGCCAAGUACAAAUACUAUACGCCAAGUAUUGAUAGAAUGCUAGGUAUGUUGGGCAAUGGUAUCUCGGCCCGCGCAUCACGCGAUAACAGCACAUUUCAGCGUCAUGAGUCAAUGCUUCAACGAUGGCAUCACUUGAAAGAAGCCAUGGAUGAAUUACGCAUGCGGGGUUUAGUAGAAGCAGAACGUAUUAUUUUAUCAGCCACGACUUCAUCCAAUUCAUCCACAACCUCCACCAGUUAUCCUUCCACAGCAAACACAAGCCCUUCUUCAUUAGGCAGUGGGUGGCGCCAAAUUCGUUAUCGCACACCCGAGCCAUCAUCACACGAUUAUGCAAAGAGUAAAUACGACGAAAUUAGGACUAGAAGUGCUACACCAAAUAGUGCAUAUCACAAACUGGGCCAGGUAUCGCCUCGACAGACAAAAUACACACAAGAAUACACACAAUCUUCAUUGCGAGGCAGUUUAUCAGAUUCAAGUUCAGUGGAUUCCACACCACGUACAAGGCAGACAAAGACACCAAGACCUACACGCCAAGGAUCCUCCACGACUUAUCAAGAAGACUUUUAUGAUGAAGAUGAACGCCAUUACGGCGUAGAUAUCAUGAAACCUCGUCGGCCUCCUUCUGCAGACAAAAAACGAACCAAUUCACGGUCCAAGACGCCUAAUCCGCCAACAAUCAAUCAUAAAUCUCCCAGUCUAAGGUCCAAGAGUAGCAUGGGCGAUUUGUUAACCCACCGAACAGUGUCUCCUUCUUUCAGUCGAAGGUCAGUUACCCCUUCUUUGAUACCAAGACCCAAGACACCCAAAGAAGAAGCACCACAACCUCGUCCUAAGUCCCAAAUGAUGCGUCAACAAAAACCUCCUUUACCUCCUGUGCCAAAACAUGCUGUACCUAGACUUACUAAAAAACCAAGCAUGAUGCAAGUAUCUGUCAAAGCAUCGGAUUGCAAAUAUCGACCUGAUCCCCGAGAUCCAUUGGACGCUGAAGUGGCGCAUAUUGUCAAUGCGAGUCCUAUUCCUAUCCAAUGUCAAAAGAGUGAUCAACCAGGCAAGUAUUACUUUGGUAAUGAGCUCAGUAUAUCGUCUAUGGGAGGCAGAAAACUGUAUACGUGUAAACUGAUGACAUAUGGCGAUCGACGAGGUGGACAGUUUAAAAGUAAUAAAGUUUUGAUCCGUGUGGGUGGUGGUUGGCAAGAUUUAGAAUUCUUCUUGUUGGAACAUAGUUCUCUCAUGGCCAGUGAUGUGGUAGUAAGGUCUUUUACACCUACAAAAACUGUAGUUGCUGCUGGCGGUGGAGGUUGGCGAAAUUGAAUUGAUUAUAAUAAAGG